AUGGCGUUCACACCACAGCGCACGCACCCCGAAUCCAAGCCCUCCGCCAAAGGAGGCACCGAACCGAAGUCCUUGACCGAAGUACAAGGCACCGAAUCUUGUGGGAUCGACUGCACGGCAGAAGAUAGCUUGACGAUCGUGGAGAACCUAGAAGUCGCCAGAGACAGUAUGGGUGACACAAUAGCGAAGAUAGCCAAAGUCGUUGGCUUCUAA